UCAGGGAAGUGAAAAAGAACGCCAGUCGACGGCCAUGUUGACGAACCAGGAAGGACUCGUGAACCGGACGUCUUCGACUGUCGCGAGGUCGACGGCGGCGAACAGGGAAGACGAACAGCCACAAGUCGCCUUGCAGGGCUCCUGUAGCGGUGCGAGUGCCGGGAGCCCGCAAGUGGUCCAGCGGGACCUGUUCAGGAUGCUGGGUCGAACCAGGAGCUGCAUCCUCGUCGGCGUCCUCGUAAUCGCGGGCAUCUGCGCCGCCGGCCUGGUCGUGUACGUCACGCAGCGGGUCAUCUACGCCCGCAUACAAGAGCACCAGCGCGUGCGCCAGUACCUGCGCGACGUGCUGGGAGAGACCGGCGCCGGGAGCUACCCGGGUGCCCCGUUCCCACGGCAGGCUUUCAUCUUUGCCUGUCAGACCGAGCACUGCACCAAGGAGGGCAAACAUCUUCGCCGAAACGUCGCCUGGAGCCUUGAUCCCUGCAGGGACUUCCACGAGUACGCAUGCAGCGGCGACGCGAGGCGUCCGUCCCUCCGGGAAGACGCACUGAACCACUUUCUGACCGAGGUGCGCACGGUCCUCGGCAAGUGGGGCCAGUACCGCUGGACGAGAAGGCCACCCGUGCAUGCAAAGGUGAGCUGCAGCAGUGGGCCGCCGCUCUGCGUAGCUCAGACCUCGGCAUCCAAAUGUGGGCAGUCCAAGACCGCUUCCCGGUUCUUCCGCGCGUGCGACGGCUCCAAGCACAGCCGGGAGACCAUGGAACACGACCUCACGCAGUACCUUCGCGGCGUCGACAGGGACCACAGGUUGCCGGAGGCCUGGGCUGCCGAGGUCUCUCGCACGUUACAGCUUUUUCCCGUGUUCGAAGUGAGCGUCGCCCAGGUAUCGGACGCGCCGUGCGUCGUGCUCAAGGAGCCCGACCGGUUGGACGGGGACGCGGUGCUCGGCAUGCCCACCAUCGUCUCGCGGAAGCAUCGUGAACUGAUUGCGAAGAUGAUGAAGGGCGACGCCAAGUCCCUGGACAGUGCCCUCCAGUUUGCCUGGUCUCUGCGGUCCUUCGGCGGUCCUCCUGACGACUCCCUCGCCCCCCUGAGCAACUUCUCACAGACCACGGUCAGUGCGUUGGCGGCCGAGUUGAAAGGAGAGUGGCGUUGGGACCGUUUUCUGGAGGCAUUUCUUCUCGGUCAUGUGGACAUGAGUGACAAAACAUGCGUCAUCGUGAGGUCCCCUUCGUACAUGAAGCACGUGGCAGAGGUGACAAAGGAGGUGAAGGCCGAGGUGGUGCGGGCCUACUUCAGCUACUCCCUGCACCUGCACCUGUGGCCCUUCUGGAGGCUCCUCGAUGGGGACAAGGAGCAGCACGAGCAGGCGUGCGCGAUGCUCACGUACCGGCUCUUCAACUUCGGCUUCGUCCAACACUUCAACGACACGGCGCGCAUGGGCGUGGUCGCCAAGGCUGGUCUCAAGGAAGCCGUCGUGCGCAAUUCGUACCGCAUGGCUAUGCUCCAGUCUGGGGACAUACCUAAGGACGUGAGGGAACAAGUACUAGAUGGCAUCGCCGAUGCUGACAAGUCCUACUUCAACCACAUGGAUGACGUCGACGCCUACUACGAGCCAGCGCAGUCUGUGUCCGUGGACUGGCGACACAUCCUGACUACCUACCUGGAGAUCCGGCACAGUCUGGUCCCUCACUGGCUGAAGCACGUGGUCGGAUCGGGAGGUCGAGUGUUCGACACCAACCUGGACCUGGCGUGCCGGUUCAACCCGGACACGAAGACCCUGGGCAUUCCAAUGUCCAUCGCAGACGUGGACGUGGGCGGCCGGGAGUUCUUCCUGGACAUCCCCACGGUUGGCCUGCUCAUGGCUCGCUCCCUCUACAAGAUAUUCCAGGCAUGUGCGAGUCGCGCCGCUGUGGUUCUGUCCAAAGGCACCAUGUGGCUGUCUCACAUUGCGAGUGCAGCGCUUGAACGACUCGUCCUCAUCGGGAAUGCGUUUAUACCACCGCGUCCGCAGGAGCACCUCAUGUGGUCUGGGGAACUGCGAAAGCUGCGCGUGUGCCUGCAGCGUGCCUACGGCAACAUUACCGCGGCCGAAGGGCGGAGCGUCGACGGGCUUCGCUGCCUGCGCACCAGCGUCAUGGACCACGUGGUACUCAGGGCCGUGCACAAGGCAUUCAAGACGGCCGUGGUGACGUUCUCGCCGCAAAAGGAGCGUGGACACCAUAUGCGCGACGUGACCCUCCACUUCCCCGAGGUGCCCAACGCCAGCUCCGAGCAGCUCUUCUUCCUCAUGUACGCUCAGUCCUUCUGCGAGCCACACGAGGACGUCGCCGACGUGCUCCAGAGGGCGUCGUGGGCGCCCAUCAAGUUCCGACUCAACCGACAGCUGGCGGACUUCGGGUCGUUCGCCGACGCGUUUCGCUGCGCCCCCGGCACACCCAUGCACCCGAAACAGAGAUGCAGCGCGUGACCCUCGCCGUACUCGCGGCCUAUCAGUGUUUUUUUGUUUCUUUUCGUGACUAUUUCUUUUUCUCGGACUUUCGUUCAAGGGCCCGCAUUAAAGAAGCGAGUUGCUGUUGCGGCAAGCAUUAUAUGCGUGGACUCUUCAGAUUUUAGAACUACUGAUAGUUUAGCUAUGUGGCGUUUCGCCUCCAUCGAAAAUGCGACCGCCGCGGCCGGGAUUCAAUCGAUCCCGCGACCUUCGGGUCAGUAGUCGAACACCAUAACCACUAGACCACCUUGUCGGGUGGGGGAAUUCAUUUAUUCCUAAAUACAUAUUUUCAGAAAAAUGCAAUAUUUUUCAGGGACUUCAGGGAUUCAUCACAGCAAACGGUUAAGCAGUCCGCCGCAGUGAUUUAGUUGUUACGGUGCUCAGCUGCUGGCCCGAAAGUCGCGGGUUCGAUCCCGGCAGCAGCGGUCGCAUUUCGAUGGAGGCGAAAUGCUAGAGGACGUGUACUGUGCGAUGUCAGUGCACGUUAAAGAACACCAGAUGGUCAUGAUCAUAUCAAACCCCAGAUACUAUUAUUAAUUAAG